AUGGAACCUUAUUGCAGCCUCACAAGUUCCGAUUUCCAGGAUGCUGUUGUACGUGCUGGGCUAAGCGAUAAUUAUACCGAGAAUGUAGUGUGUGGUCGACAAGUCCAAGCUUCAUCCGACUUUGUGGAGUUGACCUGCGAUCCGCCCGUACUUGCCCGGUAUGUUAGCGUCGAUAUCCCCGGAAUGGCGAGACUCGGACUAUGCGAAGUGACAGUAGCUACGUGUGAUUUCAAGAAAGAAGUUGACGGUGUGGAUUUGACUUUGGUUGUCAACCCCUCUCUACUUGGUCCAACUGGCGACAGCGAUUCCGUCAUUGCAGUGUACAGAGGUCCAGAGGAGAUCUCAUCUAAUGUCUCAUUCGGGCGCCAAGUCUCAACAGGAGGAGCGUCUGGCCUUCCUUCAAGCUCAGGCGAGAUUGUAGAUUCAUCCUUGGGAUGUACAGUUAAGUUGCUUAGCUUACCAGAGGAGGGAGGACUUGAUAGGACAGGUGUCUUCUACGCAGAGGCGACCAGAAAUGGCUUGACCACUAGAAUACAGACCAUAAUACUCCCCAAAGAUGGAGUUCAUAUACGUCCUGUUGUGCGAACCAAAACAGCAAGUAUCGGAGACUCUGUAGUAAUGGAAAUGCAGAAAGCCUUGAGCUCACCGAGCGAAGACUACAGAUGGAGGCGUAAUGGAGGCGAUGUCAUCGAAACUUGGAAUAACCUUCUGAGUGUAUCGAUUCCGAAUGUCACUAAGGAGGAUGAAGGAGUAUACAGCUGCUUCAUUGUGGAUCAAGAAGUUGAACAACUGCAUGGAAUCAUGAGGCUCAUAGUUAGAGAUUGUCCUUCCGGACGUUGGGGCCCACCAUCAUGUCUGGAAACCUGUCGUCGAUGCUACAAUGGCGGUUUAUGUGAUGACGAGUCUGGUACCUGUAUCUGUGCUCCAGGGUUCAGUGGAGACAAUUGCGAGGAAGUCCAUGGCCGUAAUGUCUUUGGUAAGACUGCUGAUCAGAGGUGUUCCAAUAGCAUUGAUCCACACCACGAGGCUUGCCGAGGGCAUUUGUUCUGUCUUCCUGAUCCUUAUGGAUGCUCGUGUGCUGCAGGUUACAUGGGACUUGACUGCAUGCAAGAGUGUGCUGAAGGAACAUUUGGUGCUGACUGUAAGCAGACAUGUCACUGUGCAUCGGGAGGAACCUGCAGUAAAGAUACAGGAGAAUGCAGCAAUGGUUGUGAGGCACCGAAUUUUGGAAGUAAUUGCCAGUGCACAACUGAAAAUGGCGUGCUUGGGCUUGAGGUGACGUCAGGCGGACCUCAUCAACUGUUUGUUGCCUGGCAACCAGAUCCUUGCUCUUCUGGCUACGAAGUGACAACCAGGGAUGACUGUGGAAACAUUGUAUCUCAGGAAUCGAUAACAGAAACAACUUACCAUUUCAUAACUGGUUUAAAGUUACCGCUAAACAACAGAGUUUACAUUCGGCCGUUGUAUCCUGGUGAUGUCAAGGGACCUGAGGUGACCUUUUCGCAAACAAGAAGGCCAACUGAGUCCCCAACUGAAGUGAAUUCCACCUCAGUGACGUCAACCAGCCUGAGUUUUUCCUGGAGUAAGCCACCUUGUGGAAGCCGAGGUGGUAUCAUCACAGGCUACACGUACAUCCUGACUGGAGUAGGCCCACCAUCUACAGAAGUCGUUCAGUCAGUGACAUCAGAGGAAUCGGUGACCAUCCAGGGUUUAUCCCCGCUCACUGAGUACAGUUUUCAGGUUGCUGCCAACACCAACGCGGGAGCCGGACCGUACAGUCAAGCUCAAGUGAAAACGACCCUCAAAGCGCCCCAAAUGGAUGUCGAACCCGCCCCUGACUCCUCGGCAGUGAUAGGCGGCUCAGUAGCAGCUGCUGUAAUCCUGAUUCUGACGGUUAUAACUGUCAUCAUUGUGUUCUAUAAAAGAAGAAGCCGACGUAAAAACCAGCCCUCUGGCGUCAAUGGAGAUACUUCUCUUCAACAGAACAAAGCUUUCGAAGCAGAUGUGGCCUAUCAGGUUCCAGAACCUACUGCGGAACCGGCCCCGUACAUGAGCCUUGGCGAUGGUGUAGUCACGAUAUCUUCCGCCCAUCCCAUUGCACAGAACCCAAGUCCAUCACAGGAUGUGGAUGAUUAUGAGGUUUCCUUAUCCUCAGCCGAACCUCACGCGUACACAUACGUAGACGCUGACAUCAUGAAGAAGUCGUCUGCACCGCAAACUGAACGAAAACCGAAGCCCAAACCGCCUCUGAAACCGCACGCCGCCAACGACGACACGUAUGAGGUUCUGGAUUCUGCGGAGUACGCAUCCGUGGACGAGGGUAAAGAGAAGUCUUCCGCACCGUCCGUCGCACGCAAACCGAUGCCCAAACCUCAUUCGAUACCAUCCGUCUCGCAACCAGCUGCCGACGAAUAUGCGCAACAGCAGUUUUUCCAACACUUUUUCAGCCAGCUUUCGGUUCGUGCCGAUGAGCUCUUAGAAUACAUCCGCAAGAAGGAGCAGGCUGACCAAUAUGGCUUUCCUGCGGAUUUCAAGACCCUUCCAGAUGGUCAGUUAGGUCCAGCGACUGUGGCUUUGAAACCACAAAACAAAACCAAGAAUCGUGAUGCGGACAUCAUUGUCUAUGACCAUUCUCGUGUCGUGUUGGAGCCAUUGCCGAAUGAUCCCGAUUCUGAUUACAUAAACGCUUGCUACAUUGAUGGUUAUUUGGAGAAGGACAAGUACAUUGCUAGUCAAGGACCAACCGAAUCGACGGUAGGAGAUUUCUGGCGUAUGGUGUGGCAGAUGAAGGUGGAUAAGAUCAUCAUGCUGACCAAUCCGGUAGAAAACGGCGAGGUGAAGUGUCACCACUACUGGCCGGAUACCGGAUUCAAAACUUAUUCUGACAUCGCAGUCAGCACUGUAGAGAAAGAGGACGUGUUCUUGGACUACACCAUUCGUGUGUUUCAGAUAAACAAGGUGUUUAGUGCGGAAAGUAACAGGCUGGUGAAGCAGUUUCAUUUCAAGACCUGGCCAGACACGGAAGCACCAGGGCAACCGACCACUGUGCUCAACUUCAUGCAAGUAGUGAACGCUGAACGUAACAAGGGACGCACCGUCGUACAUUGCAGUAAUGGUAUUGGCCGCACAGGAACCUACAUCGCCCUGGACUCCAUGCUUGAUCAGAUGCGCCAAGAGGGACAAGUUGAUGUCCUUGGCUUCAUCUAUCGCAUGAGACAAAAACGAAACAAGAUGGUGCAAACACCGGCGCAAUACCGAUUCAUCUUCGAAGCUCUGCUGGCUGCUUCUAAGGAAGAUGACACGUCUUACGAGAUCGUAGGGAAGGGCGCCAAGAAAGCGAAGAAACAGGUGGAUGCAAAACUGACUAGAAAGUAAACCUCGGUCAUCUGAGUUGACCGUUUGACUAAUGAGUUUGAAGAUUUAGAGGCUGACAUUGUACCUGAUAGAGAAUAAAAACCUCUUUAUACCCAAUGAUCUUUAGUGUACUUUUUACGGAUUUUGUUUUCAUAUUUGUCUCUGAUUUGCAUUUGCUUGAAUUUGUAUGCUUACGCUUUAUUCGCUGAUCAUGUAUAUCUAAGAUAAUGGUAAUUUGCAAUUAUACAGUUAACAUUGAUGCAUACUUAAUUAUAUCAUGGAACUAACUGUGAAUGAGAAUUGAAUGAAUGGCGGUAAGGAAACAAAGCAACAGUUGGACUUAAAGUAACUAUAAAUGAUCUAAUGGUUGCUGAUUACGACCAAAUUUAACGAGAGAAAACGGUAACGUGUCUAUUACAUAAACAGCGUUAUUAGAUACUUUGGGGAAAGUUUGUUUAAUAUAUGUGUUUGAUUAUGAAACACAUUACGUAUACCAUGGACGUACUGCUUUGUAUAAUAAGAAUGGAGAAUACGUACCACAUUGAAUUUAUAUCUACUAAUUGUAUAUUGGCCUACUCAGAAAAAAGUGUACUGCGUUAAGUUUAUAAUCUGUAAUCGAGGUAAAACCUUUCGCCAUUGUUACAUUACAAUAGUGCUAAUUUUGUAUUGUAUAUUGUUUAUCAUUUCGCCGUAUUUUUGGGAGAUUUUCAGAGUUAAGGAAUUCAUGAGCAGAUUGUUAGUGUUGGCAAUAUGUGUCUUUUUAGCUGCGGGAUAGCAGCUAAACAAAAUA